CUUUUUUUGCAUACGGGACCUCGGGCAGGAGCGAUGUGGGCUUAUGACACAGUCCCGUCCGGCCGUUAACGACUUCAGAUGCUUGCUUUCUUGCCGGUCGAAAUCCAAUGCGUCCUUCUGCACACGACAGGUGUCGGUCCAAAUUAUUGUGUGGCUCCUAAUUCGGCAUUUUCAAGUUCUUCCGCAUAAUAUGCCAUAUCAGCAUCGGCAGUGACAACAUUUUUAAUCCUUCUAUCUACAUGUUGGAGAAACACUUGAGCAACUGGAAUGCGUUGUUAUAUCUGGUUUUGUAACCUAGGCGUUAUUACUAUUCGUCCGUUUCGUUGUUGAACGCGCCCACUGACAGACAGGACAGCGACGGACCAAGGAGGAUUGGGUAUAGAUCAUCCUCAGACAACAUGUUCGAGGCCAAGGGAAUCGCGUUUAUUCUGCUGGACAUCGCGUGUCUCAUACUAGGAGGCUUACCCCUAGCCAUCCUUAAACUCGGUAAGGUCCGCCCCUACCAGAGGGGCUUUUUCUGUCAAGACGACAGCAUCCGCUACCCUUUCCACGACAGCACCAUCACCUCCACAGUGCUGUACACAGUGGGAUUCACCCUGCCCAUUGUCUCUAUGCUCAUAGGAGAGUGGCUCACGGUUCACCUGAACCGCAGCAAGCCCAGUUCACCCUUCAGCAAAAGCUUCCUAGUGGCUGUUUACAAAGCUAUCGGCACCUUCCUCUUUGGCGCGGCGAUGAGCCAAUCACUGACGGACAUAGCCAAGUAUUCUAUUGGUCGCCUCAGGCCACACUUCCUGGAUGUGUGCAAACCCAAUUGGACCCAGAUCAACUGCACAGUGGGGGGUUAUAUUGAGAACUUCAGCUGCGGCGGAAACACCAGGCUGAGCAACGAGGGCAGGCUGUCCUUCUAUUCGGGACACUCCUCGUUUUCCAUGUACUGCAUGCUGUUCCUGGCUCUCUACCUCCAGGCUAGGCUCACAGCCAGCUGGGCGCGCCUCCUGCGGCCCACCCUGCAGUUCUUCCUGAUCGCGGCGUCCGUCUACACGGGGCUGUCCCGGGUGUCCGACUACAAGCACCACUGGAGCGAUGUGCUGGUGGGCCUGCUGCAAGGAGCCCUCAUGGCCCUCCUCGUGGUGUUUUUCGUGUCCGAUCUUUUCAAGAAGAAGGAGGAGGCGGUAAAACCAGAGGAGAUUUCCCACGCGAGCUUCGUGGAGUCCCCCACCAACGGGAACUUUGAAAGCCCCAACUAAACCUACAUGCAAACGAGGGGACGGGAACACUUUGCAUAUCCGCUCACUAGUGCUUCUACCUGACGCGCCUUCUUGUCAUCCAGUAUCCAACCCAUACCCCGGCAGGGACAUACGCAAAAGAGUAUUGCUGCAAUUGUGCACCGUCGCGCCGUUCAUAUGUCUCAAAAGCCAUAUCACCUUAAUCAUGGACAAGAUGGGAGGUGGUCGUUGUCAAGAGGAAGAGGAAUUGUAUUAUCCUACGCAAAAUCGUGGCCCCCUUAAGAUCAGUUUUAUCGUUUUUUUUUAAGUUGCUUCAUUGGCUUUCGUUUUUUCAGUUGGGAGCCAUCAUUGCAUUUAGAGGCCAAUCCGGGGAGGUCCUGCAUGCGUCCACUAAAGGGUUUGACCACUGCUUGGGAGAGGGGGCGGGGGGAGAGGGCAUGUCAUUGAAUGUAACACUACUUCAUGCUUUCUCCCCCCCACACCUUCAAACCAGAUGUUGUGCGACACCGAUUUAUAUUUAAAGGAAGUACAGAAACCAUUCAGCAUCACACUCCCCAGUUUCCUCGCUGAGGCAGAUCGCUGUUGACCACUCAUCUUAGUAUCAACAAUUGAAGCAUUGUUAGGACAGAUCACGGAAAAAUGAUAGUGGUGUAUUUUGUGUAUUUGUUCUGCCUUAAAACAGGGUUUCCAUUCGGCGCUGUUCCAAUGUUUACACCGAAUUAGAAAAGACUAGUCUAGUAUAGUGAAACAGUGAAUCUGUGUAGUACCUUUAGAACAAACCUACUCUAGAACGAAGGUGAGGAGCAUAAAAUACGAAGUAGUAUAUUGCAUUUGUGUGGAUUUAGUAUGCAAGAAAACAAAGAUUCAAAUCACUUGUGUGCUGGAGACAAAACACUGACGAAAGUAGGAACAGUGGACCCCCUCUGGCCCACCUCAUCUGGAACUGUUGCUGCGUUUGUGUGAUGCAAAUACCCCCCACCCCCCCAAACAGAAUCCGAAAUGACCGUAGAAAUAUUCCCCCCUUUGGACAAAGUAAGGAGGAAGACGUUUUUGUGUUCCGUGUUGCCUUAGCUGGAAUGCUGCUACUGCUGCUAGUGCAGAACUCUGGCACUCAGUACUACAUAGAGACGCCGUAUUGUAACUUGUAUGUGCAGAGCAAAAGAAAACGAAAAUACAUCCACUUUUGUAUGUCAACUGAUUAUUUUGUUUUUAUUGAAGAGGUGUUACAAAUAUGUACAAAUAUUGAUGUUCUGCAUGUUGAACAGAAAAACAACCCAGACAUUUUGCUUAUUAACAUGAAAAAUAAAAUGGAACAGAAAAACAGACGUUUCUGGAUAAGACUGCUCGGGUAAAAAACAGGGCCUAGGGGAACUAGGUACAUCUCAUGAAAUAAAAAUGGGAAUCGAUGCAAUGUCAUCAACCGCAGGGCUGCGUUUCUGAGGGGAAGUGGGCCGUGUUCCCAUUAACAAACCUUCCAGAUCUCUAUGCUGUCAGACUAAGAGCAGGAGCUCAGCUCAGUGAGAUGAUCCUCCGUCGUAUCCAAACGGUCACUGAUGUUUAGCCUCGUCUUACACUUCGGAAAGGUUUAAAAAAAAAAAAAAAAAAAACA